AUGAAUCUGUCAAAUCCCUUUACAUGCUGUGGCGGUAAACGUUUCUGCAAAACAAUGGUGUUAAUUCUACUGGUGAAUAUGUUGAUGGUAUUGCACAGUGACGGGCAAGAAUCCCAGCUGCCGACUCUUCUGAUGGAUCUUCCCAAUGCACCGGAAAGAAACCUAAAUAAUCUGACAUUCUUCAAUGGGGUCUUUGCUGAUGUAGAAGGUGUUGCAUUCUUUUUUGACUGUUUGGGUUCCCACUUCACGUGGCUCCAGUCCAUCUUCACGAACUUCCCCGCCCUCCUCACGUUUGUGAGCAAACUGAAGUGCGUGACCGGCUUCUGUCCGAGAGAUUUCGAAGACUAUGGCUGUGCCUGCAGAUAUGAGAUGGAGGGACUCCCCGUGGAUGAAGCAGACAGCUGCUGCUUCCAACACCGCAAGUGUUACGAAAAAGCAACAGAGGAAGAUUGUGUGUGGGAUCCUUCCAAGAUCACUGUGGACGUCAGCUGUUUGACCAAAAACCUCACCUGUGAGUCUGAAGAUACCUGUGAACGCCUUCUCUGCAACUGCGACAAAGCGGCUAUUGAAUGCUUUGUGCACGCUCGCAUUAACUCUUCCUUGAACAACCUGGAUGUUUCAUUCUGUCCCUCUCUGGUUACGGAAACAGCUACAGAGAAAAGUUGGCCAACCGUUUUUGCAGCAGAGCUGCGGCAACAGGGGACUGAAAAUUCGCCACUGACGACUGUUGCUAUGGCUGAGGUAAUUCCACAACCGACUGGUGAUAUGAUGCUAAGGACUCCUAGGGCUGAAUUUACACCGGAUUUCCUGAGGGAUGGAGGUCUGGAGAUCUUCAGAGGAGCAGAUGUUCCUUCAGAGUCCACUGACCCAAUGCUGAAGACCCCUGAAUCAGGAGUAGAUGUUCCUCAAGAGUCCGGUGACCUGUUGCUGAAGACCUCUGAAGCAGGAGAUGUUCCUCUAGAGUCCGGUGACCUGUUGCUGAAGACCUCUGAAGCAGGAGAUGUUCCUCUAGAGUCCGGUGACCUAUUGCUGAAGACCUCUGAAGCAGGAGCCCUGGCCGGCGUAUUUGCUACAUUUGAAGAGGCCAUGCCUAGUGGGCUGGCAGAAAAAGUUAUCCCAGAUGGAGAGACAACCUCUGUUCCAACAGCCCAUAUUAAUUCUGUAGAGCCAGAGGUGGUGCCAACUUCAGAGUUUUCUGGCAGUUCAACAGACAAAGCAACAGACAAUCUUUUUAAGAUAGCAGGCCCAGGAGAGGAGAGUACAACUUAUUCUACAUCGGCUCCAGAAGAGACACUGGAUCAUGUGGAUGCUUAUGGAAAAGUGUGUGACCGUUUUACCUUUCUUCAAAUGCGAGACAAUGGCCAAGUAAAGAGGGAGAUGGCACAACUAGGCGAGAUGCUCUACUGCUUAACGGACCGAUGCCCAGAGGACUUUGAAUUAUAUGGAUGCUACUGUGGCCAGGAAGGGAAAGGCCAUCCUACAGAUGAUCUGGACAGGUGCUGUUUCUCUCAUCAUUGCUGCCUGGAGCAACUGAAGAAAAUCGGAUGCCAGCCGGACAGGAAUUCGAGAUCUGAAGUUCUGUGUUUUGAUCAUACACCAAAGUGCAUCGGUUGGACGAUGUGCGAAAAGCUCCUGUGUUCCUGUGACAAUGCGGCCGCGGAGUGCAUGUCUACGGCCCCCUUCAACGAGAGUCUGAUGUUCCCUAACAAGCAAACUUGCCAAGAGGACAAAUUGCUUUGCCGCCGCGGGGCAUACGAGAGGCCCUCGAGUAGCGAUGGGAUCGGGUCCAGCACCUCCAGCGAGGAAGAGAGCAGCAGCGAGGAAGAAGGGGUGGCGAAGAGCGUCUUGAGAAGGGCGAAGCGAGCGGCACAGCGAAUGGGGCCGAAGCCCAGAGCGGCGCCACUGCGAGCGAGAUAA